AAGAGUAGUGGGAGAAAAGUUGCUUUCAAAAUCUAGCUAACCCAACUCUUUUUCCCCCCCUUUCUCUCAAACAUUGAUCCAAGAGAAACACAUUUGCUUCUUUUCCCCAAAAAGGCAAACACAAACACGCAGGCAAGAUACACGUCCCCAGGCUCAUCAAUCUCCAUCAGAUGUGGGCCACCUUCGGAGAAUUAAAUCAAGUCGCCAAGGUAUAGAUUGUCUGGCCUUUUUGGAAAGUGUUAAGAGGGGAAUGAAAAUACUUCAGCGUGCUGGGAGAGAGAAAGAGGCCAUCGCAGAACAAAUUUUAUUUCUUUGAGGGCUGAGGUCAGUUCGUCCGAAAAGAGAGGGAUGAUGAUAGAAAGGGAGAGGGAUGAGCUCAUUUAGUUAAAGCGUUGGUGUCGGGGUGGCCGGGAAAGAAAGACGGGGUCAAUCGACGCCGAAGCUGGUCAGAGAUGGAAGAACUGCUCUCCCUCGGAGUGCGUAGGCACCUCAGGAGCCCCUGCCCUCAAGUGACAAACCGCGCCGCUUUCCCACUUCGGAAAAACAGCUUGUGGUUGGAAACCCAGCAGCUCUCCCUCCUCAAGCAAAGCCAAGGAUCGUUUCAUUGAAGGCAAUUGGGGCCAUCUCGAUCUGGCUCCGUUUCAGAGGUGAGGCUCCGAGAGACACUUCGAAGAAAACUUUUCCUCCCCGGAAGCUUUUGGAGUGCGGGGCGAGAGCAGCCCCGCAGCCAACUAGCGCACCUCACGCCGGGCGGACUGAGGUAGCCUUGCAAGGCAGCUAAAGACAAGCCUCCAGAUACAUCAGCCGAACCUUGAGAAAGGGGGAAUGCCUCGCUCAGGGCUGCGGGAUUCUAGGUCUCCCUCCGCUCCUAAGAUACCGACUGAGCAGGACCGACGCGUAGCACCCCCUUGACUUGGCGCCUGGCAAGCCACUUCUCCUGCUCUUCUUCUCAGCCCUGGGGAGCUUCUGGAAACCCUUUGCGUCACCCCAGCGAUUUCUGCCUCAGUGCCAGGUGGAUUGUUCAAAGAAACAAAAGAAACUGACCCAACAGUUCACCAGACAAGACAGAACUCUGAAGACUUUUUUUUUUUUUUGGUGUCUUUUUUCAUCGAAUUUGAGUCAAAGGAUGUGUCUGGUAGACAAAAGCACAAACAGGAAUUCAACAGAGGUUCAACCUGUCCUAGGACUAUUCUUGGGAACCAUCUCACUGAUUACAGUGGUUAUGAAUAUUUUGGUUCUAUAUGCAGUGAAAACAGAAAAGAAACUACAGACAGUUGGCAAUCUUUAUAUCGUCAGUCUUUCAUGUGCAGAUGUGAUAGUUGGUGCAGCUGUGAUGCCACUAAACAUUGUAUACUUGUUGAAGGAUAAGUGGAUUUUGACUAGAAACGCUUGCCUGUUUUGGCUUUCAAUGGAUUAUGUAGCCAGCACAGCUUCUAUAUUCAGCCUUUUCAUACUCUGUGUAGAUCGCUACCGUUCAGUCCAACAGCCUUUAAAAUAUCUCAAGUACAGGACCAAAACUAGAGCCUCAGUCAUGAUUUCAAUAGCUUGGCUGCUGUCCUUCCUGUGGGUGAUUCCAAUACUUGGCUGGAGAAAAUUCACAGAUCACAGUGGUAUGACAGUUCAUAACAGAACGGAUGAUGAAAACAUAUGUGAAACAGAUUUUUGUAGAACCACGUGGUUUAAAGUCUUGACAGCCACAAUCAAUUUCUAUGUGCCAUCGUUGUUGAUGCUGUGGUUCUAUGCAAACAUUUACAGGGCUGUCUGUAAGCAUUAUCAGCAUCGGCAGUUCAUAAAUGGAUCAUACAGAUGUAACUCUAAUGAUGUUAGUGUGCAUAAUGGAAAGAUUCAGGAAAUGCAAAAGAUUUGUUCCCAAAGUUCCAAUAAAGACAAAGGAUUUUCUUUCAAUGCAAAUGAUAGCUUCGAGCAAAACAAAAUGAGAGAAGCUAACCGUCCAUUAAGCAGCUUUCUUAAAAUCUCGAAGGAUUUUCCUAAAGGAAGUGACCAUGAAGUAAUAAAGGUGAACUGUUUCCCUCUAGCUAUAAUGCAGAAAGAUUUUGAGUUAGGCAAUACAAAGGGAAAAUAUGCCUGGGUCAGUAACAGUACUGAAAAUAUAAAAAAUCCUAUCUCCCAGUUAGGCAAAAUAUCACAUCGGCAGAGUUUUGCAGGAGGAUCAUUGCCUACAAUCCACUCGGAUCCCUCCCUAGAGCAAAAUCCUUAUACUGAGCAACAUUUUCCUCAGACGUAUUCUAACAGAAGAGAUCCCCUCAAACUCCGUUACCUGAAAGAGACAUGGGGAAAGCUACGUACUCAGUCUGUUUGCCAGAGUCAAAAGCUGCAUGUGAACAAGGACAGAAAAGCUGCCAAACAGUUGGGUGUUAUAAUGGCAGUUUUUAUGCUAUGUUGGAUACCAUAUUUUGUAUUGUUUAUGGUCAUGGCCUUUUGUGAAAUAUGUUAUAACCGUCCAUUUCACAUGUUUACGAUUUGGCUCGGCUAUGUGAAUUCUACAUUAAAUCCAUUUAUAUACCCACUCUGUAAUGAAAACUUCAAAAAGGCUUUCAAAAAGAUAUUUCAUAUUAAGACUUAACUUAUUGCAGAAAAAAUUAUAUUGGGGACUGAUCCACAGGUUUAUGUUGGAAGGAGGAAAUCUGGUAUUAUUUAAAUCUUGUAAAAAAAAGUAAACAAUGGUUUGGGUGUCUUAAAAGAGUUGUUUGUCAAUUUCUAGUGGUUUGUGGUCUUUUUAACAAUAGAUUUUAUAGUUUAAAACAAGAUUUAGCUAGAAUGAAAUAUUUAACAUGUCUUCUAAAUGCUAACUUUUAUAUCUGAUCAUUCUAAUCAGUGUUUAAUUUACCACAGUGACUUUUUCAAAUGUAUGUAUAUUGUGUUAUAGUAGACUUUGUGUUCCCGAAUCUUCAGGGGUUUCAAAAAAACAUUUAUUUCUAUUUUGAUUUUUCUCCAGAAAAAGAAUUCACCAGAAAUUUAAACUUUUAAUAACAUUUUGGUUUUAUUUACCAACAAAUUGGAAACUGACAGCAGACAUCCUAGAGUCAGGAAAUUCAUUGUCCCUUUGUUAUUAAAGAGACGCAAUCUUUUUCAUGUGUAUUUUCAGUUCAGCUCUGAUUUAUGGUAAAAACAAAACCUCAUUCCAGUUUCACUUUUGGUUGCUUCAUGUAUAUGCAUGCCUUUUUCUGUGCAACAAUACAGGAAUAGUUUGCCAAACCAUUUUUCUGGUUAUUUUACCUCUAGGCUUGCUAUUUUCUGAUACAGGUAGUCCUCAACUUACAACCAAAAUUGAGGCCAAAAUUUCUGUUGCUAAGUGAGACAUUUGUUAAGUGAGCUUGCCCCAUUUUAUGACCUUUCUUGCCAAUUGUUAAGCGAACAACUGCAGUUGUUAAGUUAGUAAACAUGGUUGUUAAUGAAUCUGGCUUCCCAAUUGAAUUUGCUAGUCAGAAGGCUGCAAAAAGUGAUCACAUGACUCCAGGACACUGCAACCGACAUACAUACAACUCAGUUGCAAAGCAUCUGAAUUUUGAUCAUGUGACCAUGGAAAUGCUGCAACAGUCAUAAGUGUGAAAAAUGGUCAUGUUAUUUUUUCUGUGCUGUUGUAACUUCAAACGGUCAAAAACGAAUUGUUGUAGGUCGAGAACUAACUGUUGUCUCCUUGACCAAUGCUAAUUAUGAAUAAUUAGUUUCUAGAAAAACAAUUAGAACAAUAGCUUUUUCGAGAUCAACCAAGUAGAUGUUGCCUAUCUUUUUACUUUGCCUCCCAAAGAGCUUCCAUUGUUCUUUCUAAACAUUCAGCCCCAUCAAGGGAAUCUUAAGAGGUCCUCCAAUUUAAAAAAAAAGUCCACCAGAUUUUCCAAGCUAUUAAUGAUGCAUUUUGCCUGCCUAAAACACAAACAGUCCAAAUGACAGACUUGUUCUGGGACAAAAUGAUCAGCAGGGGAUAUAGAAGGGUAUCUUUGCUCAACUUUCUCUCCAGGAUGCUCAGGACUGGGAUAUAUUUUUCUCUCUUCAUUUGUGAUUUCGCCAUUUUGGGACUCAGUAUUUUUUUAAUUGCCACUUCCUCCUUCAGUCUGAAUCUGAUUCUCUUCAGCUCAGUUUUCAGAGAAUUAUCAUUCUGAAAAAAAUAGAUAAAUUUUCCCAAAGAUAUAGUAAAAAGCUAGUAGUCAGCACACACAACAGUGUCUAAUUUGUUUGAAUAAGAUCUACAAGAACAUACUUUUGUGUCUUAGAAUAAAAUGUCCGUCUUUAGAAAAUCCAUAUAAUAGCACAGUCAUGAAAUCUAGAAUUGGAUCCACUCUUUGUCCUGGGUCAUCAGCAUUCCUCAUACAGUAUAUUAUAAAACUAAUGGAAUGUGUACCAUAAAGUUGUUAUGCCUGAAAUGCUCUUUUUUGUUCUUUUUACAGUACAUAUAAUUGUGCACAUAUAAAACAAUUCUUUAUCAGUUAGAAAUCUUAAAAUCUGAUUCCCAAACUGGAUUUCAGUAUUUGUGAAAGAUUAAUAAGAACAAUUUUCAGUGAAUAAACUUUCAAAAACCCAGUGUAAUUAAUAUUUUAUUUAAUGUUAACUUCCUGUACCUCUUUUCAAACAUCAUGAUAUAUUUUCCAUCUGCUAGAGAAGCUUUUUAAAAGAAAGAUUUUUGAAGACUAUCUUACAAAAUCUCAGAUAACUUAAUAGUACUUAAUAUCGGUGUAAAUCUGUAUGAACCAUUGGCAGGAGGGAAAACAUUUGUUUGAAAUGGAUAUUAAGCUCCAUGAGGUAUAAGUUCCUAUUUUUUCAGUGUAUCAAUUUAAGACAAACAAAAUUUACAUAUUCGUGAAAAUAGUAUCUUGUGCCCCACCUUAUCUUUUUGUUUUCUAAUGCUGCCACCUUCCAAAGAACUGAUAAAUAAGAAUAAUAAUGGUUUUUCACUGCAUCCACCAUUUUAUAAUGCUCUAAACUCUGUUUUUACUGAUAAAAUGGCAGAAAAAGGAAAUAAAAGCCCUUUCUCAAAUUAGCUAUCAUUCUCUAGAGGGAAACCAUUUUUGAGCCUCGUUUGGUUUUAAUUCUUGAUAUUUUAUUGGCAAAUGUAGUGUUUUAUUAUUUCUUCUUAUUAGUUGAAGAUUAUUUUUUCUUCAAAUAGAGAUGUGCCCAAAAUUGUGUUUUGCUGUAACUCAAAGCAAAUGCUUUGUGUUCUGGAAGUUCACCAAUCUAUUCCAGAUGAAUCACAAUUUGGCAGAAAUAAAACUUGGAAUCAUUUUUGUUGCACUGGAUUUCUGCUGAAACAGAAAUUGCAGGAAUGCUUGAACAGGUUUGUGAGGUAAGCAGGAUAAAAUUGGCUCACACUGUCCCCUCAGCAGUUCCCAGUAUAGCAGAUUUUACCACCCUGAUCUUCUCAGCGCUUUGUCUUGCCUUUCUUCCCUCAUGUGGUCUCAGCCACCACCAACAUCCAAGCAUGUAUGUGUGUGUGUGUAUGUAUGUACACACACACACACUCCUUAUAAACUCUUAGCCUAUCAGGAUGUUAAUUUUUACGGUCACAGUGAAGUUUAUGAACACACCAAUCUUAAAUCAUCAUACUAUUUACAGGGCACACUUUACAUGCUUCUUUGUCCAGGUGAUCCUGUCAGCAGCAUGUAUACCUGUUGGGGGAAGACAUUAAAACCAGAGAAAAUAGAGGUGUCUUUGGCCCUUUAGAAACAGGACUCGGGGGAUGAGGUCCACCUUAGUUGGAAUAAUAAUUCACUCAUCUGAAAAGAGAGAUCUGCAACUUGGGGUGCAUCCAGAUUCUUAUUUUUACUAGAUCUAGAGCAGUGGUGACAUUCAAAUUUUUUCCUACUGGGUUCUGGGCGUGGCUUGGUGGGGGAGUCAUGUGACUGAGUGGGCGUUGCCAUGUUGCCCAUGUCACGGCCACAGCCACUCAAUCACUCAAUAUAUGACCCCCCCCCAAGAUUGAGUGGCUGUGGCCGUGAGUGACAUGGGCAACAUGGCAAUGCCCACUUAGUCACAGAACCCCACCACCAAGCUACGCCCACAGAACCCAGUAGGAAAAAAUGUGUGUAUGAGCACGAGAAGGGCUCAUAGUGAAUUCUGUGGCAGAGAGAAUCCAAACUUUUCUCCCUCCAUUCACAGCAGAGCUGCUGCUCCCUUAUGGUCCCCCCCCAGUCCCCUCCCUUCAGAAGGUUGAAGUACUUUAAAGGGACAGGCUGCAGCAGCUCCGCUGUGAAUGGAGGGAGAAAAGUUCAGAUUCUGCCUGUUGUAUUUAACGUUGAAUUCUGUGGAAUAUUGAGCAGUCAGAUGGGCUGAGGGAGCCGGAAGAGGUGAGCAGUGAGCAAGCGGUGCCAACCAUGGGUGAACUGAUUCAAAUUGUCCCUAUGGUUUGCCCGAGCCAGUCUGAUCCGGUCGAAUUUCACCCCUGAUCCAGAGUAUAUGAAACCUUUGAAGAAUAAAUUAACAACUAAGUGCCAUUUGUGACUCAUCCCGAGCUGGUUGAAUCUGGCAAGUUCCUCACAUCUUGGAUAGAUGCCAUCUUUAUUCCUGAAAUUUUGAAAAAUGUCUAAAAUUUAUAAGUAAAAACUCCAGUCACUAGACUGCUGAUACAGUUCAAUAUUACUAGGAACUGAUUACACAGCUACCUUAUUUACAAAGCUACCUUAUUUAUUUUAAAGGCUAUCUGAAACAUUAAGGUUUAUCUUUGUGUGGCUAUUAGGUUCUGAUGGAAAAAUCUUUCUAAGGAUGCACUACUGACCCACUUCGUUACCACCUUAUAAAAUGCAUAAUUGAUCUCUUGCCAGCUAUGGCAUUUAGAACAAAAGAAGCUAAUCAAACUAAAAGAAGCAAUUUUAGUUUUAAUUUUAAUUUGUUUUUAAAAAAAUUUAUAGUCAAUUUUGUAAAAAUGUGGGCUAGAAAUUGAGUCAAAUAAAAAUACUAACUUACCGUUCCUCUUCCCUAUUUCAAACUGUCUCACCUAAUGAAGCAAUCAAAAGUGCCUAAAUUUCAAAUUCUGUAAAAUAGACAAUUUAGAAUGUAUAUGAAUAAAUGGUCAGUAUAUACAACCAUAAUGAUUUCAAAAAAAGGGAAAAGUCACACAUUCAUUAUAUAAUAAGGUAUAAUCAUGGUUUAAUCACAAUUAAAUCCAAGUGAUGUCCUGAGCACAACCUCACAAUGAAGCUCCUCAGCACUUCCAUUGCUUAACUGACAAGAUGUUAAAUUAAAUAAGUGCUGAAAACUAAAACCAAGUAUGUUAGUGAAAGAGUUAAGGACAUGAUAACUAGAGGAAAACCUCUGUGGUGCCCCUUCCCUCGGUGUCUUAACCAUGUACUCCUUAGUGGUUAAUCCAGGACUGAGUAUAAUGUAUAAUGAUCAUGGUUAAUUUACAAGCAAAUUUGAAUGGUAUGAGAGCUAUGACUAAUUUCUUAAAAAGUCAGAACUGUUAAAAUAAAAAACACAUGUAGAAUGUCAUAAAAUGAGAUGUUUCUUUUAUAAAUCAAUGGAAUAUAUGAUCUGUCUUUUGAAUAUUU